AUGCACGAUAGACAAAAUCGCAAUAAUCCAGAUUAUAUUAGGAAUCAAAAUAUUUAGGAGCAGAAUCGAAAUUAAUUGUUGCAAUAAAAAAGAAACAAUAAUGUUGACGAAGUAUUUCUGGAUGUUGACAUGGAAGUAUUCGAAAGAAUUAAUUAAAAUUUACAAUAAUAAAAUAACGACGACGUGCCUGAAAGCUUAGAUGCUUCUGAAUUGCAUACUAUAUAAUGUCCUAUGUGCAAUGAUGAACUCAUACAAGAGUUUGCUGAUGAGCAUUUAUGCCCGGGUGAACAACAAAAUCAAAGUAGAAGCAAUAGAUCUUAAUAGGUGAUAUCCUAUAAUUGUCCGUAAUGUGGAAUGGUUUGUGAAAAUUAAGUAGAUCUUGAUGAUCAUCUCCAAGCUCAUUUUUUGGCAGAAUAGGAAGAUUCCGAAAGCAGCAAUAAUGGAAGUGCUAACAUUUAACCUGCUUAACCAAUAUAGCAGUCUAGAUUCUAUGACAGAAUAGUUAGAGCUAACUUACACAAUCAGAAUCAAAAUAACCGUAGUAAUAAUAGACCAGAAGAGAGGAAGCUUAGAGAAGGGAGUGUGAGACAAUAAGAUCUAUAAUAGUUACACAGAGAACGAAGUUAAAGGAACCAAUCACAGAAUCAAUAGAGACUGUAGCAAAUGUAAUAAUAAAUGAAUCAGAGUUAGCAUCCCAAUAAUUUUCAUCAAAAUCAAUAGCCUCAAAUCAUUCCAAUGAUGAAUCCAAAUAAUCCUCUAAAUCUUAGCAUGAUGAGAAUAAAUCUUAAUGGUCAAUAAAUUCCGGCUUAAUUAUUUUUCAAUAUGCCUUAGGGAAGGCAAGUCUAGGAAAUGAUUAUAAAUGGAGGGCCAAGAUUCAGAAAUAGAUUUAAUCAAAUGAACCAUUAGAAUCUGGAUUUUGAAAAUAUGAAUGAAUAGCAAUUAUUCGAAUAUUUUUCUCAACUAGAUUCUAAAUUGAAUGACAGACCUCUUGAUGAUGAUAUAAUUGACUAGCUUCCAUAAUAGUAAUUUCACAAAAGAAACAAUAGUAAUAAUGGCAAUAAAAACAAUAAAGCAGAUAGCGAUGAGAAUAAAUGCACAGUUUGCAUGAUGGAAUUCGAAGAAGGUGACGAACUGAUUACACUGACUUGCUUCCACAAGUAUCAUAAUGGUUGCAUUAAGGAAUGGUUUCACAGACAAAAUUUCUGUCCCAUUUGCAGAACUAAGAUUGAUUUAUAGUGA